UAUCGAGUUCAUACUCGUAUUUACUUGUAUCGGAAGCUCCCUACACGUAAAUGAAAACAAUUUUCUGAAGUGUGGAAGAACAAUUUUAUUAGAUCUUCAUCGGCUUUCAAUGAAGGAUUGAUGAGUGGCGUGAAUUCUAACAUUCGUUAAUUACUUUCAUGUUAAUAGGCAAUUAAUAAGGCGUUCGAGUAGUUCAUUAACAGCUUUUGCAAUGCGUAGACAGCGAAAAAAUCACCAGUCGGAGGAUAUUGAUAUUAAUACUCGUCAACCAACCAACAUGUCAUAUACGCCAUUAAAUAAGGAGUCAAAUAAUAUGGAAGAUUUUCUUCAAAUGGAAAACUUGACGCGAUUUAAUACGCUGGAGAAGAGACCAUCACAUCGCUUUGAAAAUACGAUUGAGGCUAAAGUAGAAGAAGGCGAUACUUUGCAAGCGUUGGCGCUCCGUUUUCAUUGUUCAGUGGCAGAUAUAAAACGAAUAAAUAAGAUUGACAAAGAUAAUGAAAUUUACGCGAGAAAAGUAGUCAAAAUUCCCGUUACUCCACAUUCAAUAUUAUUGGAAACUCUACCAAUUGUCCACAAAAGUGGAAGCAAUAGUCCAAGUCAAUGCGAAGAUGAUACUUUGGUGACAAAUAUAAUGAAAAAUCCUUUAGAAGAUGCGAGAGUUGUGUUGGGUGAGAAGCUUAUUGUAGCAUCAGUGAAUUCCUCUAGCACCACCAGUCAAGGCACCAAUGACAUCAACAAUGAAAUUAUCAGUUCAAAAUUUAUAAGAAAGGCAAACGCUUAUACGGAGGAAGACUCCAUCCAUGGCACUGAAAAUGACUCAGCAGCACUGCUGGAAGACAUACUCAAUGAUGAUUUUGCUGAGACUCACGUGCGUCCUAUACGCGGUCCUUCUUUGAGUACUCUACUCUGGUCUGGUUCGGAUGGGGAUAUGACAUGGGUGUGUUUAUUUAUCGUUAUUUUGGCAUUGUGCUUUGCCAUACCAUUGGUAGUUGUGAUUUUUUGGACACAUCCUCACAGCAGCGGAAGCAAUCACAACAAUCAUGCAACAACAGCGAUGUGACACAAUUGAUUCGAUGUGAAUGGCAAACAUUUUUAUUUCAAAAUUCUAUUCUUUAUUUUAUUUAAAUGCUCACUUACAAAUAUGGUUAAGGAAUUAUUUGAAAGACCAAAAAACUAAGAGCACAGGUAAACAAUUAUGCAUUGUGAUCUUUUGCACACAUUUUCAGAGUAGUGAAUAUGGAAACCGUAUAGGAGUAGUCGAGAAGCUAAAUAACAAUUUAAAAUAUGAUGUACCAUUAAAUAACCAUGUAAGAAGAAAGAAAGAGUUGUAAAGUUCGAAAGUGCCUUCUCUCUUUAAGGGGAAAUCUUCAAUACCUAUGUAUCUUUUAAUAUAAAAAUGUGUCUGGGCGUAAUUUAGUUUUCUUGUCACCUAUUUGUUACAAAUUCCGUUAAAAUAUUAUGGGAUUGUUCGUUUUAUAAAUUUUUAAAAUUAUAAAUAACAUAUGCAUAGCUACAUACAUACAUAUGUAUGUA